AUGGCACCCAAUAAACGCCCCAAUUUCCUGAUCAUCGUAGCCGACGACUUGGGCUUCUCGGAUUGUGGAUGCUUUGGCAGUGAGAUCCGGACGCCGAACAUCGACCGCCUGGCUCAGGAUGGGAUCCGGUUCACGGAUUUCCAUGCGGCGGCUGCAUGCUCACCGACCCGUUCGAUGAUCUUGACCGGAACAGAUCAUCACAUUGCUGGCCUGGGGAAUCUCAUCGAGGUCACCAACAGCCCCAAGCAGACGUCGACGAAGGAAUCGAGGAUUGCGACAGAGGCUCAGAGAGGAAUGCCCGGGUAUGAAGGAUAUCUCAACGAACGCGUCGUCACCUUCUCCGAGCUGUUAAGAGACGGAGGCUACAAGACGAUGCUCGCGGGCAAAUGGCAUCUCGGGCUCACCAAGAAGCGGUCGCCUCUUGUUCGAGGCUUCGAGCGGUCUUUUGCCCUCUUACCUGGCGCGGCGAACCACUAUGGCUACGAUCCAGAGAUGGAAGAGCGCCCGAUAUGGCUUCAGACGACGGUGACUGCCCUUCAUAUGGAGGAUGGGGAAUACGUCCAACAGCUGCCCCGGGACUUUUAUUCCUCGAACGCGUAUGGCGACCGGAUGCUCCAGUACCUCCGUGAGUGGAAAGAAGAAGAAGAGAAAGAGAAAGAAGAAGACAAGAAACGGCCCUUCUUCGGUUACUACCCCUUCUCCGCUCCUCACUGGCCCCUGCAGGCUCCGAGAGAGUACAUCAAUCAUUAUCGUGGAAUGUAUGAUGACGGGCCGGAAGCUCUGCGGCAGCGGCGGCUGCAGAAUCUCAUCAGGUUGGGCAUGAUUUCCUCGGACACGUUGCCGCACCCUGUCAUCGCAGACGAGGUCAAGGAGUGGGAGGAGAUGACCGAGGAGCAAAGGAAGUUAUCCUCCCGUGCCAUGGAGGCAUAUGCCGGUAUGGUUGAGUGUAUGGAUUACAAUAUUGGUCGAGUAAUCGACUACCUGGACGAGAUCGGAGAAUUGGAUAACACGUUUAUCAUGUUCAUGAGUGAUAAUGGCGCAGAAGGCGCAGCCUAUGAAGCCAUGCCGCUUCUCAAGAGGCCGCUGCAGGAGUACCUUGAGAGAUACUAUGACAAUAGCCUCGAGAAUAUCGGCAACGGCAACUCGUUCGUGUGGUACGGACCUCGCUGGGCUCAGGCAGCUACUGCCCCGUCGAGACUAUUCAAGGCCUUUACAACCGAGGGGGGUGUUCGAGUCCCAUGUGUGCUUCGAUAUCCGCCCGUGCACGGCAAAUUAGACGGCAAAAUAGUUGACGCCUUUGCGACAGUCAUGGAUAUUGCACCCACUAUCCUUGAGCUCUCCGGCAUUAGCCAUCCUGCCCCGACGUACCAGGGCCGCGAGGUGGUGUCUAUGAGAGGAUCCAGCAUGGUGUCCUGGCUAAAGGGCGAGACCGACAGGAUCCACGAGGUUGAUUUCGUCCAGGGCUGGGAGUUUUGUGGUAAAGCGGCCAUCCGCAAGGGAAACUGGAAGGCAGUCUUCAUUCCCAAGCCCAAGGGACCCGAGAAAUGGCAGCUGUAUAAUCUCUCGGCGGACCCAGGGGAAGUGCACGAUCUUGCAGAGGCUCAUCCGGAAAUACUGAACGAAAUGAUCCAACUCUGGGAGAUUUACUCCGACGAAGUGGGCGUGAUCCCGUUGCUACCAGAGCUGGGGAAAUUCAUCGAGGCGACCGAGGAACAAAUGCCGGAAGAUGCAUGGAUGGAGUAUGAAUACUGGAAACCGGGGGCCCUGAAGAAUCCCGAGGCGUUCACCAGGGAGGUGCCUCGCUUCCAACGCUUGAAUACCAGGUAG